AUGUACAAGGCACUAACCCAUAUGCAUUCAAAAUAUAUCUGUCAUGGAGAUUUCAAACUUGCAAACAUUUUUGUAAAAAGUCAUCAUGAUUUUCGUUUAGUGUUGGGAGAUUUUGGACUUUCGAAUAAUGAAGAAUCUGUAAACCUCAACAUACUUGGAGGAACUCUUGGAUUCCAAGCACCUGAACUUUUCAAUGGUUUGACUGAAAAGUGUGAUGUGUAUUCUUUCGGAAAAUCAAUAAUUCAACUAAUUAUUGGAACAAAAUUUAAACAUAAUAUUUCAAAUGAACAACUGAUGGAAAUGGUUGCAACAAGUCAACCAAAAAUAUCCUCAUCACUCAUAGAUUUAAUCAAGAAAAUGAUUAAAGAAAAUCCUGAAGAAAGACUAUCACUAGAUCAAGUUGGAGUACUUAUCAGAAACAAGAAUAAACCAAAGCAAAAGCAAACCAAACGAGAUUCUAGUACUGAAUCUGAAGAAGAAUUAAAAUCCUUACAAAGAACCUCCACAGGUGUCCAGAAACAAAAAUCUAAACCUCAGACUGGCUUUUUUAGAUAUUGGGGUUUUAACAAAUAA